CUGGUUAGGGUGGAGCAGGGAGAGAGAGAGAGAGAGCAGCAAGAAAGACAAAACACAGACGAGGAAGAGGCUGCUCCAUCACCCCGCAUCCAGACACCCACACCCAGUAUGAACAUGUCCAGCAGUUCUGCUCUGAUCCAGCAGAUCUAUCCCUUUCACGAUGGCUGGAACAUCGCCUGCUUCAUCAUCCUGCUCCUCUUCAUCCUCACCAUCCUCUCCCUCGCCACGCUGGCGUUCCUCUAUGAGCUGCUGGACUGCGGAUGCUUCACCAAAACCAAAACCGUUCGAGACAUGCGCCGCCAGCAGGACGAGGUGGUCUAGUUAUAACCAUGGAUUUGGACCGAGCUCUUCACCAGAUUGGAGGGCCGUAAAACACACACCAGACACAUACAGAGACAGAAGCGCUCUACUCUCACUAGCUCCAACAGCAAUACACUGCACAGGUGUCUCCAUGGCUUCAAAUCUUAGAUGAGAUUUACACCAGAACGAGGGAAAUCUAGCUUGUAUGUGCACCUCAUUGUCUCCUCUUCAGUAUUCAAGUAGUAUUCUGUGAUGAUCAUGAUAUAAACCUGUAGAAUUUUUUGUUGAGAUGAAUCUUUCCCUUUGUGUGGGAUGACAAAGUCUACAUGUCUGUAUUAUAGAAUUAAUAAGUUACGUACAAUAUGAUUCGACAACUUCAAGCAAAUACCACACAGUAUAUUUGGAAUAAAAGGAAGGUUUGUA